AUGGAACAAUCAAACACCGAGAAGGACAAGCAACACAAACAACCUUAUGCAGCACAAAGUACAAUAAAGAAUCUUUAUCUAUCUCCGAAGCUCCCCCAAAAGUCGGGAACCCUCUCGGAUCCUGGAUCCAUUGAUACCGGUACCAUGAUACGACAUGUCCUCAAAAGUCCAACACAACAACACACACAACACACACUUCACAUGGCCGACCCAAUAUGUAUCGUAUUGCCAUAUCCACUCCUCACUUGUACAAGAAUAACAAAGUAG